GCACCAACGACGGGGGAGCACCAUCCGGGAAACGUCCCAAAAUGCCAUAUCUACUCUACUUCAGUCCCCGAUUAUGCGAACGGGCUUGGUUCCACAUACUGCAGCACAAGCUGCCGCUUCACGCUUCAAAGCUCCGACAACGAGGGAUAUCCCGCCAGUGACACUGACGAGCGUGCCUCAUGUGCCGCCUGAAAAAUUUCGCGACUAUCUGAACCGCAUUGGGCCGCUGUUUGAGAGCUUUCAGCGGCGCCGCUCCGAGCCAGACCAACCGGCAUGGCUCAGGAAGGACAGGGAUCUGGAGAAGGUGGAAGCACUGGAGAGGAGACUGAGCAGGCCGGAUAGUUCUGCACCGCCGACCCCUACCGUUGCGGCGCCGAGCUCGCCAGCUAUCAUGUCGCCUAUAGAGUCGCCAGCGGUACCACGUCGUCGAUCUUCGGCACAGUUCAGGCGAAAUCGCAACGAGCCCACGCCCCUGUCAACCAUACCUAAUGUCUACUUUGACGAGAACUUCCAUCUCGAAAACCCCAGGACGUUUGACGUCGUCUCCGAAAAGUCGGAAAUCGUGCGACCUCCUCCGGGUUCGCAGCCUUCAACUGCCACCCCUCAGAUGCCGAGGAAAAGCCUGGCAAACAACGCCAUCCUCCAAGAGAAGCUGAGUUGGUACAUGGACACGGUUGAAGUUCACCUGAUCAAUAGCAUUAGUACCGCUAGUACAGGUUUCUUCACAGCGCUGGGCUCUCUAAAAGAGCUACAGACGGAGGCAGCGCAGAGUGUGGCCAAGAUACAGAGCUUGCGGGAAGAUCUGAAAAGGUUAGAUCAGGAAAUCGCUGUUUCUGGACUCGAGAUCGCAGCAAAACGGAGGCGACGGGAGAAUGUGCGGAAGCUACGGAGCGCUACCGCUCAGGUGCAGAGUGUGGUAGACAAUGUGAAAAGGGCGGAUGAGCUAGUGGACAACGGCGCAUACGACGAGGCGGCAGACCAAAUGGAUCGUGUGGGAAGACUGGUCUGUGGUCAGCCAGAGCCCGGGGGUGAAGAUGGCGAGCUGAUAGACCUUCGUCCGCUGAAGGCACUCCAGGGCCUGGACACUGGUCUGCAAGAGCUGCAGCUGCGAAUAGGCACAGGCUUUGCGCAGCGAUUCAGCUCGAUAUUAAUUGGCGACUUGCGACGACACGUACAGAAAGUUCCCACCGCUGAAACUCUGAAACGGUGGUCACGACAGCGAGGGAUCCCACCCACAUACAUGGAGACGGAUGACGCGUUCCGCAAAGACUUACUGUCAGCGUUGACUGGACUCGCCAGAGCAGGGCACACGGCACCAGCAAGUUCCAAGUAUCGGGACGACGUCAAUAAGGAAGUCAAGGCAAUCAUCCGUAGAUUUAUGCCUAGUAGCAGUGAUGAUGAUGCGGACAGCAUGAUGUCCACCUCGACAACCAUGUCGAGAGGCGGCGGGAAGCGUAGCCAGCAGGAGAAAAGCCUCAUGUUGGCUCGUCACUUGAAAGCGAUGGACGCCGAAGAUGCCGAGAAGCUGCUUGCCGACGCCUAUACAUCCAUUGGGGAAGCCCUCCGACGAGUGUCCACGCAGACCAAGAUUCUCCUGGAUGUGACGAGUAGCAUGCAACCCCCUGAGCCGAAAUCACCCAAGUCACAUUCCAGGUCAGCCACAGUCUCUAGCAUAGAGGAAAGGCUUGUCAAUGGCGGUGACCUGGACACCAAGUCCAGCGUGCAAGAAGAAUUGUCGCAGGCUCUGGACAUGUCCAGCUUGCUCGGCCAGGCCGUCGAUACCGCCCAGUCACAAAUCACAAGAGUGCUCAGGGUUCGAAACGAGCAGACCAUCCGCUUGUCUAAAGAUCAUUUCUUGCGCUACUUCACGCUCAAUCGGCUGUUUGCAGAUGAGUGUGAGGCGAUUAGUGGCAGAGGAGGCAACGUACUCAGGGGCAUUAUCAAUGCACAAAUAUCUGGAUUCGUCCAAGUGCUGGGGACUUCGGAGACUGAACGCGUUGCUAACAUGCUUGAUAGCGACACUUGGAAUGCUGAAGACUUUACUGACGCGCGCAACGAAUUAUUGCAGCGGAUUCUGGCAUCAAUGACAAAAGACCCACCGGAGUGGGCACAAGGCACUGCAUCCAUAUGGGAAGAGCCUCAGACGAACGGCAACACUGCCAACGGCACCCCUGCGGCUCCUGUCACGAAUGGCACAGCUCCCACCUCGGCCAAAGGAGCAACAGCGAAGCCUGCAUAUAUCGAUGAGACUCGCUUCAUCCUUGUCCCCAGUGCGUCUUCACUGCUCGACAGCAUCGACACCUUCCUGUCUCUUACUUCCACGCUACCAAGCAUGACACCACAAAUUUCGACUUCCCUGAUCGAUGUACUCCGAACCUUCAACUCUCGCACCAACCAGCUCAUCCUCGGCGCCGGCGCCACCAAAAUCGCCGGUCUCAAAAACAUCACUACCAAGCAUCUAGCGCUCGCGUCUCAAGCUCUCAGCUUCGUCGUCGCCAUCAUUCCUUAUAUACGCGAGUGCGUACGUCGCCACAACCCCGCUGGCCAGGGCGGCAUCUUGGCCGAAUUCGACAAGAUGAAACGUCUGUACCAAGACCAUCAAUCCGGAAUCCACGACAAGCUUGUGGAGAUUAUGACUUCGAGAUCGACUGCGCAUGUGAAGGCGAUGAGCCUGAUCGACUUUGACUCCCCUGCUCCAGAUGACGAGAAACCUAAUACAUACAUGGAAACGCUGACCAAGGAGACUUUGACUUUGCAUAGAGUGCUUUCGAGACAUUUGUCAGAAUUGGAUGUGAGGUUGAUUAUGCGACAAAUAUUCGUGGGGUAUCGUGAGCAAUGGACCAAAGCUUUUGACGGUGUUGAUGUGGAAAGUGCAAGUGGCGAAAAAAGAUUGUUGCGAGAUGCUGAGGCUUUCGAGGCUCGUUUGGGGAGGGUAGAAGGGUUUGAGGAAAUUGGGAAGGAGGUUUUGGGCUUGGUGAGGGCGAAGGUUUCAGCAGAGGAGAAGGGGGAGGAGGGGGAGAAACCGCAAGCUGACGCGGAAAAUAAUGCCAAAGAUGAUGCUGCUCCUGCUGUAGAUAUGAAAGAGGAGACCCAAGUCAACGGUGAUGGAAAUGAAGAUGAUGAGAAGAAAACCAUUCCGACGACGGAAGGUGAAGGCGAUGAUAAUACUAUAGACCAUAAGAAGUAGUACUUCGUGUUCGAU